GGGUGCGCGGGAGACUAUGGCGUCCUCCUCCGUACCUCCCGCCACCGCACCCGCGGCAGCUGGAGGCCCCGGCCCGGGAUUCGGCUUCGCCUCCAAAACCAAGAAGAAGCAUUUCGUGCAGCAGAAAGUGAAGGUGUUCCGGGCCGCCGACCCGCUGGUGGGCGUGUUCCUGUGGGGCGUCGCCCACUCGAUCAACGAGCUCAGCCAGGUACCGCCCCCAGUGAUGCUGCUGCCGGAUGACUUUAAAGCCAGCUCCAAGAUCAAGGUCAACAAUCACCUUUUCCAUAGAGAAAAUCUUCCCAGUCAUUUCAAGUUCAAGGAGUACUGUCCCCAGGUCUUCAGGAACCUGCGUGAUCGGUUUGCCAUUGAUGAUCACGAUUACUUGGUAUCCCUUACUCGAAGCCCCCCAAGUGAAACCGAAGGCAGUGAUGGCCGCUUUCUUAUCUCCUAUGACCGCACUCUGGUCAUCAAAGAAGUGUCCAGUGAGGACAUUGCGGACAUGCACAGCAACCUCUCCAACUACCACCAGUACAUAGUGAAGUGUCAUGGUAACACGCUCCUGCCGCAGUUCCUGGGCAUGUACCGCGUCAGUGUGGAGAAUGAGGACAGUUACAUGCUCGUGAUGCGUAAUAUGUUCAGUCAUCGCCUUCCCGUGCACAGGAAGUACGACCUCAAGGGCUCUCUCGUGUCCCGGGAAGCCAGCGAUAAGGAGAAGGUUAAAGAGCUGCCAACACUGAAGGACAUGGACUUUCUCAACAAGAACCAGAAAGUGUACAUUGGCGAGGAGGAGAAGAAAGUGUUCCUGGAGAAGCUGAAGAGAGAUGUGGAGUUCCUAGUGCAGCUGAAGAUCAUGGACUACAGCCUCCUGCUGGGCAUCCACGACAUCAUCCGGGGCUCUGAGCCGGAGGAAGAGGCCGUCAGGGAGGAGGAGGCAGAGUGGGAUGGAGACUGUAACCUGACUGGACCGCCUGCUCUGGUGGGCUCCUAUGGCACCUCCCCUGAGGGCAUUGGAGGCUACAUUCAUUCCCACCGGCCCCUGGGCCCAGGAGAAUUUGAGUCCUUCAUUGAUGUCUAUGCUAUCCGGAGUGCAGAGGGGGCCCCCCAGAAGGAGGUGUAUUUCAUGGGCCUCAUUGACAUUCUGACACAGUACGAUGCCAAGAAGAAAGCAGCUCAUGCAGCCAAAACCGUCAAGCAUGGGGCGGGGGCAGAGAUCUCCACUGUCCAUCCUGAGCAGUACGCUAAGCGGUUCCUGGAUUUUAUUGCCAACAUCUUUGCCUAAGAGGCUGCCUGCCUCCAGGGUGAUUGCUACUUUAUGUUGGAGGUGGCGGGUUUGAGAGGCUUAGGGAGCUGGAUUUGGCCAUUACUUUCGUCUUUGCUAAAUUCAGGCUGCAGGCUCCUUCCAUCCAAAUGACUUGGUUCUGGUGGAUAGGGCUUUCCUGCCCCAGAAACACACUGUCCUUUCUCCCCUCGUCCAGUUCUCUGCCCUCCCUCCUUCCUCCCAGUAAAUCCUCCUGCUUCAUUAGAGUGUUACUGUCGACUCUCCUAAGUGCCUUGAUCUUUGAAAAAUAUCUUGUUUCUAUGAAAUAGGAGGAGCUGGGGUUAGGGGUUGUUUGCCAUCUUCGGGACCUGACUGGACAGUGGACAUGGCUCAAGCAACUGCCCUGGAUGCGCUUUGCUGUGUGGAAGAAACUGAAUGUCUGGAUUUUGCUGACACCUUGAUGGGGCACUCUGUGGCAUGCUUCCUUCCUGGUAAGCCCUGGAAUGGAGGGCUUUCAGGGUGCUGCAGAUGUGGGUGCAGGCAUUCACAUGUGGACAGUCUGGCCUGGAGGUCAGGUGGGGAGCGGUCAGCAGGCUGGCACCUCACAAGGCAGGACCUAAGCGGACUUUUGUGACUAUGCAGAGGAUGGAGAAGGUCCCUGUCGCACAUUGACUGGUCCCAUUUUCCCACCCCACCCCACCUUCUCCUCUUCCCAUGAGCACUUCUGGGUGCAGGAGCCCAGAGGCCAGCGGUGCCCAAGCUUAGGUGCAGGUGUGAGACUGGUGCCGCACUUCCCCAUGACCCUGUGCCUUGCUGGUGAGCAGGGAGAGCAGUAGAGGCCGGGAGGACAGGUCGCAGUGCAGGGUUCAUUCCCUGUGUGACAUCCUUUCUUCCUGUCCAGUUACUCCCGGCUCUCUAGCAGAGGGAGUAGCUCCAUCUGGUCUGCUUCCAUAACUCUGAGAGGAUAGAGAUCUCGAGUGCGGGAACCUCCCAUCCCCAGGACGUGAAUACCUAGCACUUUCUCCCUCCUUCUCAAACCCUUUUCGGGUUGGAGUUGUUAUUCUGUCCCCUUCUGUCCCAUCUUCCACUGCUAAUGUGUCUCCCAGGGGACAGAUGGCCAUCUUUGUCAUCUCCACUCUCCACCCCCAGAGAGGAGUCAGAGCCAUAACUCAAUCACCCAGACCCCUCCAAAGAUAGCUGAAUAUUAAUGCACGAUAUCCUCAGAAUGUAGAGUUGCUGCUAGGCUGCUAGGCAUAGUAGCUCGUGCCUGUAAAUCCAGCACUCAGGAGGUUGUCAGAAUUACUCAAGAGAGUUCAAGGCCAGCCCGGGAUACUGAGUGAGACCUGGUCUCAGGAAAACUCAAAACAGGUUUGGGUUUGAGCACUGGAAAUUUUAGCUGAGUUGGUAGUGUGCUCGCCCAGCUCGCUCGAAGCUCUGGGAUCCACUCCCAGCACCACAUAAGCCUGGUGCAGCCGUGCGCAUCUGGACUCCUAGCCUUGGGAAAUAUCGGUAAGAAGGGGCGGGCAUUCAAGAUCAUCCUCAGUCACUUGACUAGGCUGAAGCCAGCCAAGGAAACGUGAGACUAUCUUGGGGAAAACGAUUCUAAGAUGAGAUAGAUUGUCUUUGACUCUGCCCAAAGCCUUUGGAAGCAAGACACCCACCCUUGCUGUUCUGCUCCCCUGCGGAGUUCCAAGCUCUGGAGGUGGGGUAGCCACUGAGGGCAAGAAGCUGCUUUGCUGUGUGACCAUGAGACCCUCAGGGAGAAGCCCACCCUUCUUCCUCCACCAAAGGAGACAGCAAGAGUUGUGCCCAUUUGGGGUGGGAGGGGCCUGGUGGGCCUCCCAUCCCACAACCAACCUUUCCCUGUUGAAUGCAAUAAAGUGACACCAGCAGCUGUUCUUUUCAACUGGGUUUCUGACCAUGAGGUUGUGGUCAUGGGCAGUAUCGCCAUCUUCAUUUAUUGCUUCUGUUUUCCAUUAUCUUUGUUUUGUUAAUAUCUGUAUUCACUCCCAAUAUCACAAUAAAAUAAAUUAUUUGAUCUGAA